GUGUUACCCAUUCCUUGCAGGGCUCUGCAUAUACAGAUCCAUUCAUGGCACAUUUUUCUUUUCUAUGUUUCUCUCUUUAUUUUGGGCUUUACUGCAAAUCACUGGUUAGGAUAUGAUUACUCAAAAUAAUGAAAUGACCCAUCAGUGUCUCUGUAGUCAGGGCUAAAACUAUAUUGUCUUUCAUAUAAAUACAACUUUUUAACAGUAUUUUACAAAGAUCUCUUUCGUCCAUGACAGUUGCUUUCCAAAGCAUCAGCAGUGAUCCCUGUUACAACUAUGAGUCUCUGGAUCGUCCCUGGAGAGCCAACAAUGAAAGUGGAAAUAACAUUUGUGAUGAAUCUUUCUCCUGGAAUGGCUGGUAUCGGCUUUUCUACUACAGAAUGGACAUCCGGAUGUCAGAGACCUGUGUUAGUUCAUUCACCUGUAACACAUACAUCAAUCUGUGGCUCACUGAUCCUCACCCUCAAAUAGAGGAUGGGGUGGUGAUCAGGGAGGUCUGUGGUAGUUAUCAUUUGGGAGACUGCUGUGAAUACAACUCAAACCCCAUCAGAGUCAAAGCUUGUCCUGGCAAUUACUAUGUCUAUGAACUUGUGAGUCCACCAUUUGGAUGUGUUGGAUAUUGUACAGAUAUCAGCACCAUUUCACAACCGGUUUCCACUGUGAGUCCAGAUAUAAUCACUGGAUCCAGUAUCACCUUGAAUUAUGACCCGUGCAAAAACUACAGCAUACUCGACAACUACUGGAGAAGCAUAAUCAUUUACUGGUAUACGAAUGGAUAUGUAAAUAGACAUGAUGACACUCUUGUAGAAUGGGAUGGCUGGUAUCGACUCUUCAUUAAUGGAUCAAGUGCUCAGAUGCCUGAAUGGUGUGUGUCUUACAUGUCAUGUGGAGGUUAUAGUUCUCUGUGGAUUGGUGACUCUCAUCCUCGACUAGAAGAUGGAGUUGUUACUCGUGAAAUUUACGGCUCCCGUAAUGAUCAGUGCAGUCGCUACAGAUCUGAUCCAAUCCAAGUUAAAGCUUGUCCUGGAAAUUAUUAUGUCUACAAGUUUACCAGGCCAACUCUAUCAAUCCCAGCUCCUGUAUAUUGUGCAGUACCUGUCUCCAUCCCAAGUGUCGACCCCUGCUACAACUAUACCAGUCUGGAUGAGCCUUGGAGAGCCACUGACCAUUAUAACUUGGGCAUGUGUGAUUCUAAUGUGGAGUGGAAUGGCUGGUACAGGCUGUUCUACAAUGGUCAAAAUGCUCAGAUGCCAGAAUCAUGUGUUAAUCAGUACACAUGUGGCACUAGUGACCCACUGUGGCUCAACGGAUCUCACCCACAGCUGAAAGAUGGAGUGGUCACUCGUCAGGUCUGUGUCUCCUCAUGGAAUGGCUGCUGUACUUAUGCUUCCCACGCUAUAAGAGUCAAAGCCUGUCCAGGAAAUUACUAUGUUUAUGAGUUUGUCAAACCAAUAUUUUGCGGAGCUUACUGUGUAGAAGCCUCAAGUCAGUCCAUCCCAUCAGCGUCUACAACAACAGAGACAAUCCCAUCCAUACAAUCCAUUACUCCACCAAUCAUAACCACUGAUUCCAUAACAACAGCUCCCCCUGUUGACCCCUGCUACAACUACUAUGUCCUGGAUGAUCCAUGGAGAGCCACCAACAAUCAACAUUCCUCUCAGUUAAUGUGUGACACUGGGGUCAGCUGGAACGGCUGGUAUCGUCUCUUCAUUCAGGGUCAGAGCGUUCAGAUGCCAGACACAUGUGUUGAUCAGUAUAGUUGUGGCACUCAUGUUCCACUGUGGCUGAACGGAGGACAUCCAACAGUCGAGGAUGGAGUGGUCACUCGAGAUGUCUGCGGUCACUGGAGCAAUAACUGCUGCCUUUUCCAAUCCAAUCCCAUUAAAGUCAAAGCCUGUCCAGGAAAUUAUUAUGUCUAUGAGUUUGUGAGCCCAACUGGUUGCAAAAUGGCAUACUGUGCAGCUAUGAGAGAUCCUUGUUCUGAGCUCCACUGCUCUGAGAAUGAAAGAUGUGGGAUGAAAAACGGUGUUUACGGCUGUUUAUGUAAAAUACCACAACCACAUUCUGACUCUUUUGAAACCUGUGAAAGCAGCUCUGGCUCCAUGUCUGUGUCUCGCUGUCAGCUCUUUGAGGCUGGUUUUCCAGCUGAUGUCUUACACCUCAAUGAUCCCAGCUGCAAAGGAACGGUCCGGAAUGGCAGAGUGGAAUUCCAUUAUGAUAAUGAUGAACACAUCUGUGGUACAAAUCUUAUGGCUAACGGCAUCCACUUCAUCUAUGAUAACUUUAUUCUGGGGACACCGAGGUCAGAGAAAAUCCUGAAGCUUUCUUUCAGCUGUGUUUAUCCUCAAACACAAAUGCUUUCCAUGAAUGUGGAAAUCAACCCACUGGAGAGCAUUGUGCACAAGACUCUUCCCGCUGGUGAAGGCAGAUAUCGUGUCCGGAUGAUUCCAUAUCAGGAUGAUGAGUUUACCCGGCCCUUCACUGGUGCAGUGGAUGCAGAGCUCGACCAGGAGAUGCAUGUGGAAGUUCGUGUUGAGGGGGUCGACAGCCGCCAGUUUGCCCUGGUGAUGGACACGUGUUGGGCUACACCUGUGAAUGAUCCUGAUUACCGCCUCCGCUGGGAUCUCAUCGUUUCAGAGUGUCCCAAUCCAAAUGAUGACACACUGAAGCUGCUGCAGAACGGCGUCUCGACAUCCAGCCGUUUCUCUUUUGGGAUGUAUAUCUUCACUGCAAACUCCACUAAGCUUUACCUGCACUGUGCUGUUCACCUUUGCCCUCUGUCAAGCAAUCGCUGCUUAACGGACUGUGACUCUGGACACCAGCGGAGAGAGGGCAGGUCUCUGGACUUCCAUGACAGUGCUUCCAUAUCCAUGGGUCCUCUGAUGUUGUCUGAAGGGAACACAGAUAAAUGGGUCCCAGAUAAAGUGAAGGUAUCUGAGGCUUCUUGUCUGUGUGGUUCUCUGAUGGUGUUUCUUGUUCCUCUGAGUGUCCUGACACACUUUUAGUUUAUUUCCACAACAUUUUACAUGCAUAUUGUCUAGACUCAUUUCAAUUCAUGUGGAAUCUGAUGCAACACUAACAUAACAUAACUACUAUUUUAUACAGAAUAAUAAAUGAAUUAUUAUUUAAUCAUUUAUGUUUUUACAUAGUACAUUCAUUCUGUAAUACCUGAUGGGUUGUGCGACAACAACGACCAUCAGAUUCACGUUUAACUAAAGGAAAACACGAUUAGUUAAAACUAACUAAUAAGACUUGCUUUUCUUAAAAAUUAUGUUGUAAUAUUUUAUUCAGGCAUUUAUUAUAUAAGGCAUGAAAUAGGUCUGAAUGAUCCAAAAUGAGGAAAAAAAAAAAAAAUAAUUUUAUAGUUGAACUUUUGUUAUCAUUUUAUUUCAGUAAAAGUACAAGAAUGAUUAAUGAUCAUCUUUUUACUGCUAUCUUUGUAAUUGUUUUACUUAUUUUCCAUCGUGAUGCUAUGAUAAUAUGCUUGAGUCUUGCUAUUUUACUUUUAAUUCUAAAGGCUUUGAAGAAUGUUGCAGUUUGUUUAGUGAAUAAUUAGAGCAGGGGUCUCAAACUCAAAUUGGCGGGGGGCCAUUUCUGUGAUUGACACCUCAUAGGAGGGCCAUAUUAACAUUCAAGCGCAAGAAAGCGCAACAUUUCAGAAAAUUUACU